ACAAAGUUGAAGAAAACUAAAAAGUGACAAUAAAGUUAUAAGCAAUAAAUUAUUCAUUUCAUUGCUAUCAAUGGUAUUUGUAAUUAAUAAAGUUGUACAAACACUAACGCUGUUGUAGCCAGGUCAUGUGGAAGAGAGACAUCCUAUCAUUUAUAAAUCGCGGAUUGUCCGGUCUGAUGGCGGAGGCAGCAUCCUGUGCCCGAAAGGGGACCAAGUACGCCGAGGGCACCCAGCCCUUCACCGUCCUCAUCGAGGGCAACAUUGGCAGUGGGAAGACCACGUAUUUGAACCACUUCGAGAAGUACAAGAACGACAUUUGCCUGCUGACCGAGCCCGUCGAGAAGUGGCGCAACGUGAACGGGGUCAAUCUGCUGGAGCUGAUGUACAAGGAACCCAAGAAGUGGGCCAUGCCCUUUCAAAGUUAUGUCACGCUGACCAUGCUGCAGUCGCACACCGCCCCAACCAACAAGAAGCUAAAAAUAAUGGAGCGCUCCAUUUUUAGCGCUCGCUAUUGCUUUGUGGAGAACAUGCGACGAAACGGUUCCCUGGAGCAGGGCAUGUACAAUACGCUAGAGGAGUGGUACAAGUUCAUCGAGGAGUCCAUUCACGUGCAGGCAGAUCUCAUCAUUUAUCUGCGCACCUCGCCGGAGGUGGCGCACGAGCGCAUCCGGCAUCGGGCUCGCUCAGAGGAAAGCUGUGUGCCGCUUAAGUACCUUCAGGAGCUGCAUGAGUUGCACGAGGACUGGCUGAUACACCACAGACGCCCGCAGUCGUGCAAGGUCCUAGUCCUCGAUGCCGAUCUGAAUCUGGAAAACAUUGGCAGCGAAUACCAGCGCUCGGAGAGCAGCAUAUUCGACGCUAUCUCCAGUAACCAAACGCCCUCGCCGGUCCUGGUAUCUCCCAGCAAGCGCCAAAGGGUCUCCAGAUAAUCCUAAUCCUAUUAGUACCUAAGUGUGUGUAGUACAGAGUUAAACAUAAUAUAAGAAGCUCAGACGAGCCGAUCCGCGGGAUAAAGGCAGAAACUGAUACACUUACAUUUUAAGCCCCUGAUUAACACAUUCAAAUUAACAAUUAUAAUCCACAUUAUAUUCUCUUCACAGAUUUUAGUAUGUAAGCUCAAAAAUUGUAAUAAAAACUGUGAAUGUCUAGCUAAAGGCAAGGCACCUAAUAUAUUUGUGUUAGCAUUUCA